AAGGAUUCAGUGAUAAGAUAAGACACUGCCAGGACAACCAAAAAUGAAGGCCUCACGUCCUGGCACUGUGUCGCGUCUUCCCAAAUGGAUGCCAAACUACUGCUACCACAAGCACAUCUCCUCUCCCAUUACUCCUCCGAUUCCAAACCCAGAUCAGGAUUCCUCCGCCGACGACCUCCAUGGCCGGGCAUACGGCCUCCGAACUGCCUAAAACCAAGACCCAAUUACAACAAGAGGCUCCUCGUUGGUCGCCUCGCAGUAUCCUCCUCUCUCAUCGAACCUCUACUUUCAUCGUCAUUUUCUUCGGCUGAUCACCACGCCUCCUCCUCCUCUCUCUUUCUGCUGGCGGCAGACGCCGCCGGCUAUUCUGCGGCCAGUUAUUACACUUCCCUGGGCCUAUUCGUCAUCUCUGUUCCUGGACUGUGGUCUCUCAUCAAGCGCUCUGUUAAAUCCAAGAUAGUGCAGAAAACAUAUAUAGGAGAAGGAGAAGAGAAGAAGGCACCUAACCGUGUUGCCGGAGAAAUACUUUCAUUCUUCACCCGCAACAAUUUCGUGGUGCUAGAUAGAGGAGAAGCCAUAACGUUUGAGGGCACGAUGGUUCCAAGCAGAGGCCAAGCGGCAUUGCUCACAUUCUGCACAUGCAUAAGCCUAGCAAGUGUUGCUCUUGUUCUUACCAUAACUGUCCCAGAUGUAGGCAACAACUGGUUCUGGCUCACCAUCUUAAGUCCACUGGCGGGACUCUAUUACUGGAAACGAGCAUCGAGAAAGGAGCAGAUCAAGGUUAAAAUGGUAGUGGCGGAGGAUGGAACCCUAUCAGAGAUCAUCGUUCAAGGAGAUGACCAACAAGUAGAACAAAUGAGAAAGGACCUGCAGCUGAGUGAGAAAGGCAUGGUGUAUGUGAAAGGCCUCUUUGAGAGAUCGUAAACACUGAUCACAACAGCCCAGGUCAAGUCAUUCAACUAUAACUGUACUCCUCUCUUUUGCAAGCAGGCAUCAUCUUUGGGUUGGAGGUUUGCGUUUUCGUUGCGAUUCGUGAAUUUGUAAAUGGAGAUGAGACACAUUGACAAGGAUUUCUACCAUACCUUAGAAUUUUUCCAAGGGAUUAUGAUAUGUAUUCCUUGUAUCUACACCGAACAAAUCAUCCAUUUUGCAUAAGUAAAUCAUGGGUGUUAAAACACCUUGGAAGCACAACAAA